AUGGACCGAAACACUCUCGGGAAUGGCGAGGGCCAGUCUUUCACCGUGCUGCGCCACCCCUCGGGCUCGCUGGUGUACGUUGUGGGCACAGCACACGUGUCACGCAAGGCAGCGCAGGAUGUGUCGGCCCUGAUCAGCCGCGUGUCGCCCGCGGUGGUGGUGCUGGAGCUGGAUCCGGAGCGGGAGCGUAAGCUGCUGGAGCAGGCUGAGAAGGGAGACACUUACGGCAUCACCAGGCUGCGGAACAAAUCCACCCUGGAGAUUGUGAAGAUGAGCCUGUCUGGCGAGGCCUUCCAGUUCUUCAUGUCGUCCAUAUAUACCAUCACAGGCGCCCUGAUGGGCACCACCCCCGGCGGCGAGUUCCUGGCGGCGAUCGAGGCGGCGAGGGGCGUGGUGCUGGGUGACCGUGACCAGGAGGCCACGAUGCGGCGCCUGCAGUACUACACCCGCUACCUGACCCGCCACGACAGCCGCACCCAGGCGGACAUGCGGCGCCUGCGCAACACAAUGGACUCUGGGCGGAAGGAAGAUGGCGGCAGCGGCCCGCUGAUUGAUAGCCCCACGUCCAUCGAUGUCGGCCGGCCGCCCGACUUUCUGCGCCGCGAGCCGCCUCCCACACGCAAGGAGGCGGAGGUGGAGGAGGAGGACCCCUGGGGCCUGGGCCCUGACGAGAACAGCGAGGCAGGCAUGCGGCGGCGGCUGCUGGAGAUGAUGAGGGAGGGCGGCUGCCCGCAACCCGAUGUGGUGCUGGCGGCGGCGCGCCGCAUCUUUCAAGACGGGAUGGACACCGCAGGCAGCAUCAAGCCCGCGGAUGUGCUGACGGUGCGCGAGUGCGGCAAUAGCCUGGUGGAGACCUUCCGCCAGCGAGCUGUCAAGGGCGACAGCACGUGGAUGCAGAGGCUGGAGGAGGAGCAGGUGGCGGGGGCCAAGGGCGUGGCAGGCAUGGAGCGCAGCAACACUGCCAUGAGGAAAGUGAUUGUGGAUGAGCGGGACCUCAUCCUGGCCAGGCGGCUGUGGGAGGCGGGGCUGGAGGCAGGGUCGCAGCCGGUUGUGGGGGUGGUGGGCGCGGGACACAUCAAGGGCAUCACUCGCCACUGGGCCGAGGCGGGCGAGCCGGCCACCGAGGAGCGGGUGCAGCGCUACCUGCAGGCGCCGCAGGACGAGGCGGGGUCGCCCUGGCUGACCGCGGCCGCGGGGGCGGCGGUGCUGGGCACGAUUGCAUACCGCCGCCCCAGGGCCGCGGCGAUGUUUGCGGGGGGCGUGGCGCUGGUGACCGCUCCCUACCUGGGAUUCAUGGUAGUCACCGUCAACCGCUUCGGCAAGUUUGCGGCCAAGCUGGUCAACACAGCAGAGAUGAUGGAUGCGGGCGGCGGCGACGGCUUUGGCGACGACCUCAGCAUGGCGGGCUGGUCUGCCGAGGAGAGCGGCGCGGGCGGCGCCGACAGCGAGUGGAAGUGA